AUGAUUUUCUCAUAUAGAAUUUAUUCGAAAUUGAUUAUUGUUUUUUUGUUAAACUUUUGCUAUUCGCAAGAGUUUAAAGGAUUCGAUGACACUAUACUGUACAAAAUAAACUGGCCAGGUAAAGAUGUCACUGAUCGAUUGGCAAAGGAACAAGACGAAAACACGUUAAAUGUAAUAACAGCUAUUGGUGAAUCAUAUCAAUGUUUUUUACCAAAGCAAGAUAAAGUACAUAAAGAACCCGACACAACUUAUAAUGGACCUAGCCCAUUGGAACUGUUAUCACCAUUAUUCACAAAACAAGCUUGCUCUUAUAGAGGGGAUACUUAUUGGAAUUAUGAGGUAUGCCAUGGGAGGCAUGUCCGUCAAUAUCAUAACGAUCCCGAGGAGAAGGACCAAAAAGAGGAAGAGUACUUCCUAGGAAAAUGGAAAAUGAUUGAUAGUCUUAAAUUAGAGGAGGAACUGAAAAGAUUAGCAAAUUUAAAUCAUCCAGGACGAACAAUGACAAGAAAAGUUGAAGGUGUAAACUUACCCUAUUUUAAAAUGAGCAUGUCUGACGGCACAGUUUGUGACCUCAGUGGCCAACCAAGACAAACCAAUGUCUUGUAUGUUUGUUAUCCUCAAAGAAAACAUAAUGUGUUUUCAGUAAAAGAAACAUCCAUAUGCCAAUAUGAAGUAAUCAUUUUAUCAUCUUUUUUGUGCACACAUCCUUGGUACAAGCCACCAAUCAGUGAUGAAUUAAAUAUUGAUUGCCUUCCAAUCGGUGAUUCAAUGAGUAAGCCCCAUAACUUGAAAGUCCUUCAUUCUGAUACAUCUAAAUUGAAAAAUCAAAUAAAAAUGCUGACUAAUGGAGAAACCAAAAUACAGGAUAAAAUACAACCAAAUAAAGAAUCAGAAUUACAUUUUUUAAAAGAAGAUUCAUUAUUAACGCACUCCAAAACACCAAACAAUGAAAUUGAAAAAUAUGUGAAAGGAGAUUUAUGUUUGUAUGAAAGUUCUGGGUGGUGGAAAUAUGAAAUAUGUUACAAUAAAUACAUACGACAAGUGCACAAAGAAAAAGGAAAACCGGAUGAAAUUGUUGUUUUAGGAAUGUUAAAUAUAGAUGAACAUAUAAAGUGGGUAUUUCAAAAUCCACAGAAAAAACUUAAACUUGAUGCUUUUGGCAAGAAAAGAGUUGUAUCUCAUUUUUACUCUUCAGGAUCUGUCUGUCAAAAAACUGGUGAUAAACGAGAGACUGAGGUACGGUAUAAAUGUGUAAAAGGUCAAUAUAAUAAAGAAACAGUAGUGCUCUAUUUGUUAGAGCCAAAAACAUGUAAAUAUAUCUUGAUAAUAGAAUCACCGUCACUAUGUGAAAUAAUUAAUGGACCAAUAGAUGAAUAUGGAAUAUUCAAUAUAAAGCCACUUUACGACAUAGAAAACAUAAAAAUGAAUACUCCAUUUCAAACACAAAUGUUAGAUAUAACAGAGCAAUAUUUUGAAGAAAAUAAAAAAAAAGAUACAAUUCCACCUGUUGAACAAGAAACUGAAGUAUCUAAUGAUAAAAAGAAAAUGAUGAAAAUUGAGUUAUAA